AUGACAACGCCAAAUUAUUGCUCUCCUGCGGGUGAAGCUCUGAUAACCUUUUUCAGCACAACUCGUGUAUCCAAUUCGACCUCUACGCUAACUGUCCAGGCGCCCUCGCCCUCUUCUGUGUCUCACUCCUACGACCCCUUUAUGCCUGACCUAAUCCCAAUUCCACUGCCCACAUUUUCCAUCGAUCUUCCUGAAGUUAUUACGCAAACGCCCGAUGCCGCCGGAAAGGGUGGCGGCGGAGUCAUCAUCACAAUGAGACCGUUUCUUUCAUAUAGUCGAUUUGUCGUGACGUUUAUCACGACUGACAAGAAUCCAUCCGUGGUGUUUUCACCUGAACCAACCCCUGAUUUCAGCCAAACACUGGUUACUGGCAACAUUGGAGAUGGCCAUCAUAAGACCGUAGACGUCACAGAUGGCCCUCGGAGCAACACUUUUAAGCUUGACACACCGGGAAGCGUGAAACAGCUCCCAGUGACUACCUUUCACCUUACUGCUGGGGGACAACAGGUCAUCAUCAACGACAGGACCGUGUCCAAUCUGAAGCCUGAUCAGACGACCACGGUCACGGUCCGAAACGAAGUGUUCACCAUUUUCCCCACUGCAGUUGUGGGAUUGGGCUCGACAAUCAUGAAACCUGCUCCUCAAGCAACACCUCCUCCUGCACCAGCCGCGACGAGUGGGACUUUGGGAGGUAUUCCUGUAAUAAUCUCGGGGUCGCAAGUUGUUGUCGACGGCACCACCAUGAGAAUCCCACGGCAGGAAACCACCACAAGUAUCAACGGUCAAAAAGUUGUUCUCGGGGCGGGAACUGUUGCCGUCGGUCGCGAAACCCUCAUCUUGCCCUCGCCGCGGCCUACUCAUGAGAUUGUGACGGGAGGAGAAAUGCUCACCGCCAUUGGCACUUCUGUCGUCGUUCUACACUCCACGACCAUCACAUACGGCCUCGACAUAGCUCCCAAUCAAACAGUUAUCAACGGAGAAACCGUCUCGAUUGGUCCAAGAGGCGUCUCCAUCCAUGGCACAACCAUAGGCGGGCCCUCCGCAAACGCCACGGCCACGGAAUACGAAAUCGUCGGGGGCAUCACAGUUGGGAAAGUCCUUCCGUCUCUUGUCGUCGUCAACGGGGCGACUUAUGCCAUCAAUGAAGACGGCGAUCUGGACAACUUUGAGACCACUGUCAUAAACAACCAGACUAUCACUAUUGGUCCCAGCGGCUUGGUCGUCUCGUCGCAGACGUUGACGUACCCUGGAUCUUCUGUUACGGCGACUCUGUCCUCUGGAGAGUCGAUGCCUGAUUUUCCCAUUGAGACGGGCGGUCAUGGGGAUCGUGAGGAUGAUGAUGAGAGCGGCGCGUUUUCAUGGCGUGGAGAGUUAUCUAUUGGUAAUACCAUUGGAUUUUGUUUCGCGAUAAGCGUCUGGAUGCUCGCCUGA